AUGACGAGUCAAUUGGACUUGAAUGAUUUCGUCAAGGUGAAGCUUCUUUACACUACUCAAGAUGCUGAUCAAAUACAUCACCUUCAAGACAAAUUACAAACAUACCAGAAAAGUGAACAUGGUGACGAGCUAGGGCUAGAGCUACUACAGCAUCCCCACAGUACCGUAAAGUACUUUGGUGCACUAACCAUUACUGUUUAUCUCAACACGUUCGGUUGUAAAAAUUAUGAAACAACUUUUCAACAAAUUGUAUUAGUCAUUGAAAAGCUAUCCAAUGAAAACUAUAACGCAAACUUAUUUAUUAUCAGGAAGUUAUUGAGCUGUUUGUCGUUGAUAUAUAUACAAAACUUUCAACAUUUUGAUCCCGUGUUGGUGUAUAUCAAAGCAUUGCUACCAGGAGCCAGUUCAGUUGCUGAAUAUGUAACCAAUUUGCAAGAUUCAAAACAGUUGGAGCUCCUUUUAUAUCUUUUAUCGACCAUUGUGGAAGAGGUGGUCAAGAUUCCAUCCUCGGUUCCGGAAUUACAGUCAGCGAUUUAUAAGACAAUUUUUAAACAUUUACAGACUGUUCUUGAGUACUUGCAGCAACAAUAUUCCCAAUUACCGGAAGAAUUUGUACUUCUUCUACUUGAGUGUUUAAAUUCGUGGGUUGUUUACGCAUCAACCGCAGAGGCUCGCUCAGAAGUGAGGUAUGCUGACGACUUGGAUCCGUUCCUAACCCUCAUCCUAAAGCAAUUGGAUGCGGACUUUGAUAUUGACAAAAUGGAGCUAUACAACAAAACAUUCUCGGUAUUGGCAGAAUUUGUAGAUCACAUUGCAAGAGCAUUGAAUCCAUUUAAAGCUACCUUGAUGGAUAUCUUUUUUGGCAGUGAAAAGUUUGGAAUGCAAAUGCUAAAUACAAUUUUUGCAGAUAAAGAUUUGAUGGAGACGUACCGCUUGGAGGUUGAUAAUUACAUCAAUUUGGUCAUUAACUACCUUGAGUUGAACAUCAUUCAACUUACACGAAAUAUUUUGCACCCAGAUACUGCAAGGAUCAUACAAACGGUAAUCGCUUUGACCAAUGCACCUGGUCAGCCAAUUGUUGAAGAAAACAUCAGCUUUCAAUUGAUAUCUUUUUGGGACGAGUUUUCCAACACUCUAAUCGACGAUGCCGACGUGUUAAAGGAGGCUUUCCCAACUCUUGUGGCUGAGAACAAAAAAAAGAGCAACGAGAUUUUGAUGGAAGUGGCUGUUUCUUAUUUCCAAAAAAUUCAGAAAUCUACCGAUGCUGUAUCUCAAGAGUUUUCUCGUUAUAGGGUUUUGGUUGCAGAUUUGUUCAUUGUGUUUUACUCAGUCUUGGGUGUUCCCAUCUACGCAACUUUAUGCGAUACUGUUGGAACCAGUAUGGCUCAAAGCGAAGCUGCCUUGUACCUACUACACAAGAUCACUGUUGAUGUUCAGUUCUUUGAUGAUGAGGCUGAUGCUGAUGAAAACUCCAAUACGCAUCCAUUAAUACAUGAAAUUACCAAAUUGUUCGAAAAAAAUAUAAUUGGGUUGGUGGAGAGCCAUCUUGAUUCCGAGUUCAUCACCACAAGCUUAUUGAAUUUCAUCUCAGUGUUGCCAUUUUUUUACAAGUCCAAAGCAGGAAGUCAAUAUCUAGCACCAAGUUUUGACUUUUUGUUUAGGGUAAUCACAACUAGAAAAACCGGUAACUUGCCGCUUAUAGCGUCUCGCACCGUCUACCGUGUUUGUCAAGAUGCCGAGGAAAAUCUUAUUCCAUUCUUGCCGCAAUUAGAGUUGGUAUUAGUUGAGAUGUUGCAAAACCCCGCCAUUGAUAAUGUCAUACGAGAGAGGAUAACGAAUUCAUACAUUUCAAUAGUCCGGUCAAGAAAAAUUGCAUCGGACUUGGGUGAUAAAAUACUUGCAAUAUUACAAGUAAUUGACCAACAACGGGCAAGGAUUGAUGAUGAAUCAAUGGGAGAUUACGCAGUCAGUUUAGUGGCUUGCAUUGAUGAAAUUGGGAAAGCGUGUGCCUGCCCUGAGGAGAUUGAAGAAUACUUUACUGAUGAUCAACUUCAACAAACCAAGGCAUAUUGGAGCGCGGAUCCCUUGCAUAUUAGAGAUUCGAUUUUGCAAAAUUUGAGAGCAUUCUCCCUUGACUCUCCGUUGCUAGCGGAAAAGACUGUGGUAACUGAGAAAUGCUGUAGCAUUAUCAAAAGUGGAUUCAAUGAGCCUAUUCUUGGACCAUUUACAUUUGAUUUGGAGUUGAUUUUUCAGUACAUUCUUGCCAAAUUGCAAGUUUCAACUUCACGCUCAAUUGACUAUCUUCAUCAAUUGAUUACAAGUGUGGUGUUGACUCAUGCAAGAGAGAUCGAUCAAGCCCAGUUUGAGACCUUGUUAUUCAAGGCUUUUGUGGAUAUUCGAUCUGUAAUUGAAGCAGAUGAGGAUUUGAUAAAGUCGACAUUGGAUGUAUUUGCAGCCAUUGUUGACACCAAACCGGCAUUGAUCUUGUAUACCCCAAUUUUGGCAGAGUUUACAUUCCCCUUUGCGUUAGGUGCUUUUGCCAAGCACGAAGUCCCCAUUGUUCGAUCAACGGUCAAGUUUUGGAAUGCGCUAAUCACAACAAAGAAAGGAGUCCAGCAAGAUCAGGAAGUUGUAAGACAUUGGAUGACCACAGAACAAAAUGGUACCUGCCUAGGUUUCCAACUCACUAACCAGUUGCUAACUGCCUUCGUUGCAUCUCCAAGGUCUUCAUUGGAUUAUUAUUAUCCUUUAUUCAGGUACCUCAUUAACAAAUACCCAUUGGAGGUCAAGAAAUGGCUUUUAUACGUCGUUGACAACGCCUCCUUGGGAAAAGACAAGUUGGAUCAUGAUGCGAAACGCCAAUUUGUCAAUAAGUUGAUGCUCACUAGAGGUCAAAGAAUGGCUCAUAAUGUAUUAAAAGAUUUCUGGUUAGCCAUAUGGGGAUUGAGUGUGUAA